GUAAAAAAAAAAUAGGUUUAUUGCAAGAGGGCCAUUCUCACCAUAAAAGGGAAUCUCACAACUUAUAUACCAAGGGAAAAACAACCCAAGACCACAUUCAAAGUAGAGCAGAGCACACUUCUUGUUGGUCGAAGUCACUUGAUAGACAAGGGGCAGCAGCGGAGCCUGGACUACGGACGCCAAUGAGAAGAGGGGGCGGUGCUGGGUGGUUCCAGGUUUUGAACCUGGGUCAGGCCUCGUGACAUAGCCUGAUUCCAAGUUCUAGACCGUAAUUACUGCCAAAGGUGCCGGAGAGAGCAACUUCGAAGGCUCAGCCCCAGACUGAGCCCUGCACUAACAGUGACUGCCUGUGCUAAAGCAGCCAUUUCCCGAGUUCAGAACUCUAAUGCGUACAGUAAGAGAAGCACAAAAGGCCUUCCAGGAUCAUCACUUGGGCCAACAUUGAACUAUCCUAGAAUUACAACUAUGAAGAACUCACAACCACUCCACAUGGCAUCCUCCUGUGCGAAGAGGGGACGGUUCACUCACACCACCACCACCGCCCCAUCAGAAUAGAAGCAUCCGUGCUGAUCUUGGUAGCGAACUCCUGCCACGUUGAAGAGAUUUCUGAGGACAAUCUGUUCCAUACAUGAAGCAUCACCAACACCCACACAGAUGUGUUCUCCACUGAAUAUUCUGUCUCCGUCUCUAAUCUACCAUCAUUUCACGUGAAGGACCUUCUGGAAUCGGUCACGCACUGACUUUCGCCAUCUCGCUCCACCGUAGCCCUGUGUUGCCUAUGGAUACGCACUCAUUUGUAAGCGAUGCUACUAGGAAGAAUUGAUGUGGCGUCACAGGAGCAUCUGGCAGUUCAGAGCCUGAUGGAAUGCCCUGGAGGCUUCAGGUAUUAGAACUCUCCUUCCGGCAGUUGGUUUCCGAGGGGAGGAAGCUCAGGGGGCUGGCUUUGGCCCUCUCUCCCAUGUGUCCUGUCCCGACAGGGGGAAGAUCUGCGGCUCGUGGAAACUCCUCUAGCUGGUGCGUCAGCUGCAGGGAGAGGAGGAAGUUGGAGGGGUUGAGGUAGAGCUGCUUCAAGAAGAUCAAGUCCUGCUUUUGCUCCUCUGCAGCUCCGGGCUUGACCAGCCUUUAGGCCUUGACUGAAUCGGAUUGUGAGAACUAACCCGAGUAGUUAGGGGGAGGCAGUCCUAACACGAACAAGAGGGAUAUUCAGCAAUGGGAUGAGUUGAGUUAGAAAUGUGAGAACAGAGUCGGUUUGUGCCCAAUGGAAGACGGUGGACUUGGUUGGGUGGACACAGAAACGUCUUAGUUUAGGGACCUUUCCUGCUUACCUUUUAUUGACCUUUAUUAUAUAUAGACAUAAAUAACCGUAAAGAAACCAGGUUGGUGCUUUUUACAACUGACUCCUUGGUUAUGCUUUUCUAAGAAGACAUGCCUUUCUUCCCGGCCAUUCAGCUGUCACAACUGGCCCUUCCAUACAACAACGACAGCAAAGUGAGGGACUUUGGGUACAGUUUAAGGUCCACCCUUACAGUACCAGAGACUGACAAAAGGGUCAUCGAUCUUGUCUUGGAGUUUCCUUUCUACUCAUAUUUCAAGUAAAAUACUGGAUAGACUGAAAAGGUUGAGGAGGGACACCACUGACACCGGGAGAACUCGGGAAAGCUGCAUCCUCCCUACCUUUGCGAUUCCUAAAUGAAGGAUUAGCCAGCAUUUAGGGAUUCACAAAGAUGUCCACUCAGAGACCGUGUGCACCGUCUGUCAACUUCUACCUGGUUUUGUGCUGUCGUAAUCAUACUAGAUCUCAGCACACACUUGUGCUAUGUUUACUGUUCACCACUCACAACUCCAGAACUGGCCUCCCAUAUUGCGAUUUCCCAUCCUGAAAUAUUCUACAGGGAUGACCAAGAGGUCACUUUACCAGCUCUGCACAUUUCAAAAGGGUUGAGUUUUGAGCGUUCUCUGAUAGGGAAAGAACAGUGAUCGCUCACUGCUUAAAACUCUGUUAGGCUUCUUAUAACAAUAGAUGGAAGGCAAUCUCACGACCAAAAUGAGGAAUGGAGAACCUGAGGUACAAAAAGGAAGAGGAAGGAGAUCAAAAACCCGUCCCUAAUGAAAAUAUAGUAAUGUAGCACAAGAGAAACAAUGAACCAGCAGGAGGAUACAAAGAAGAGAUUCAAUCUCUUUGGCCACUCUCCCUUUCAGAAAUAGUCCUAAUUGAAAUCUGGGGUUCUGAGCAGAACAAACCCUGGCAGAGAAGCAUACAAGUUCUGGGCCUUUUGAAGGGAAAGAAAAGGUAAUAAGGAUAACAUAGAUUGAUUUAUUGAGUCAGACAAAAACUGACUAUUUGAAGAAAAUAUCCAUCUCAGUACAAAAGAAUUUGGCAGCAGAGGAAAUUGAAUAAAAAUAUCCUGAAAAAAAGUAAAAGCAUCACAACAAAUGUUCAAGCCCCCCUGAAACUCCAGUGGAACGAAUGCCAGCAGCACUUAAAAAUGUCGGAAGAAUAAAUCAAGAAAUAAAGGAAAAUAUUUUUAAAAGGGUAGAAAUUAGAGAUCAGGAAGUCUAACCAGACUAGUUUACAACAAAGGACAGAGACCCCCAAAAUGGCAGUAGGUUAUUUGAAAAGGAUAAUAAUUUGAAUGUAAAAAUAUGAAAUCAGAAGGAAAAAGAAUGGAAUGAAAAAGAAUGGAAAGAUUGUCCUUUUCUACUGACUACUUCUCUACCACCUACACAUGCACAUACAUACAUACACAUGGACACUUAUCUCCCCUAUUCUCAAAAAUCUUCACUUGAUCUGUCCAUCACCACUAAUUUCCAGGCACAAUUUUCUUAUAUUAUUUCUUUCAUCAUGAUUUAGGAUUUUCCACUUUUUAUGUUCUGGGGAGCUUGUAAUCAUUUGUAUAGACACAUUCUGUCUUUGAAAUAAAUGCUUUGCUUGACAAGAAAGCGCGCUUCCUUUUAAAUAUUAUUGUUUUCUUCUUCUUUUCUUCUAGACUGACCUUCACUUCUAGGUAUUUGUAUCCCCCAAUCAUUUAUCCUUUCUUUUUCUUUGAAGAGACUUGCCAUUGUAGAUUCAAAUUUUUCUAUUGUGCCAAUUAUUUCUGCUGUGCAAGCCAUAAAUUCUGCUUUCACAAUUGUUAUUUCUCUUUUUAACUAUUCAAGAACAUCCUGAGGUGGUCCCAUUCUUUCUUAGCAAUCCACAGGGUCAUCUACUUCCUCAGGUGUUGUUUUCCUUUGUCUUGUAUACUUAUUAGAAUAUGUCUGACUUCUUUUCUCCUGAUAUCCAAGCAAAUUUCCUAUCAAUUAAUAUCUUCUCUGUUGGUUUAUCUGCUUAUGAUCAAGGUCUUUAAUUGAAUGUUCUUCUAGGGAGCUUUGGUAAUUUUAGGCUUUUUCCUUUCAUUUCUCUCCACUCACUUUGAUUCCCUCUUCUUGGAGAGCAGCUUCCUUCUAUUUCUAACUCUACCUCAAAGCUCUUUCAGCUGCUUCUCAUGCUAUAUAGGUCAUAAUUGGCUAGCCUAGGUUUCUGCCCCAAGCAGAGGCACAAAAUUAGGGUAAGAGAACUGGCCUCAGUUGGAUGCUCCUUUCUCUCAGACCCAAAAGCUCUGUAGUUAUUUUAAAUAGAAUAUCCCUAUUGCUUCCUGGUGGCUUUUGUUCAUUAAAAUAAAAAUUGAUUUAGGUAAAUUUAUUAAAUUUUGUAAUUUUGCUGGUUAUUGCCUCAUUUAAUUUUAGUUGACUCUUUAAGUUUCAUAUCCUCUGCAAAGAGUGAUAAUUUUGUUUUUUCUCCUUAUCCUUAAGCUUGACUUGUAUUUCUAGCACUAUUUCAAAUAGUAGUGACACUGGAUCUUUUCUUUACUCAUAAUAUUGAAUAAGAGUAUAAAUUAUUCCUAUUAGAUGUGCUUUUUUUAGUUCUGAGUUUUAGAUUUAUUAUGUAUUUACAUGGUUUUUUAGCAUUUAAAAAUAAUAGUUCUUGCAUUUUUUCAAACUCUUUUUCUGCAUCCAGUGAUAUAAUUGAGUUUUCUCCUUUUUAUUGGUAUGAUGGUUUCAAUUGUUAAUACUUUUCUCCAUAUUGAACCAAUCCUUCAUUCUUGAUAUAAAUUCAAACUAGAAAUAGUACAUAAUAUAUAUGUGUUUGGUUUCUGUCAUUUAAAAAAAGAUUUGAAGUUUUUUGCAUCAAUGUUCAUUAUGGAUAGUGAUCUACAGUUUUCUUUCUCUGUUUUUACUCUCCUUGCUUUACAUAUACUACUAUAUUUGUUUUUACAUACCAAUAGUAAAGCUAUCCACUAUUACCUUCCAUUCUCCCAAAGACACUCUCCUUUAGCAAAUAUACUCCAUACACAAGUACAUACACAUCACACACAAAAUCUGUCCAUAUAUUUAUAUAUAUAUAUUUCUUGGCAUAUAUACGUCUAUCUCUAGAGAUAGAUAUACCACAUUAAGGCAUAUACGCAAACAUGUAUGCUAUACACAUAUCUAUAUUAUGCAUUUGUUUUGUUUUAUAUUCAUUUUAAAUUUUGAAAUCCAAAUUCUUUUCCUCCCGCACUUAUUGAGAGGGCAAUAUGAUAUCCAUUAUAUAUGUAAAGUCAUACAAAACAUAUUUCAACAUCAGCUAUACUAUAAUAAAAGUUAAGAAAACUAACAAAAUUGAAAAAAUGGCAUCAAUUUGCACUAAUAAUCCAUCCGUUUUCUCUCUGGGGUAGACGGAAUUUUUCAUUAGGGGUCCUUUGGAAUUUUCUUGGAUCAUUGUAUUAAUCAUAGUUGUCUGGCAUUUUGACAUUUUUAUUACUGUACAUGUUAUCUUUGUUCUUACUUCACUUUGUAUCAAUUGUCUUUGCAGUUUUUUUCUGAAACCAUCCCCCUUUCUCACUUCUUAUAGGCACAGUAUUUUGCCACCAUCAUAUGCACAAGCUUGUUCCACAAUCCAUCAACUGAUGGGCAUCCCCUCAAUUUCCAAUGUUUUUGUAUCACAAGAAGAGUUGCUAUAAAUAUUUGUUUUACACAUGGGUUCUUUUCCUCUUUCUUUGGUAUCUUUGGGAUAUGGACAUAAUUAGUGGUAUUGCUAGGACAAAGGGUCACAGUUUAAUUGCCCUUUGGUUAUGGUUCCAGAAUACAACACCAACAGUACAUUAGUGCAUUUACUUUCCUGCAUCUCCCCAGGCAUUUGCCAUUUUCAUUUUAAUUUGUUAGUUAAUAUGACAGAUGUGGUGUUUACAUUUGCAUUUCUCUAAUCAAUAAUGAUUUUUUCAUAUGGUUGAUCACUUCAAUUUCUGCUUCGAAAAAGAAGUUCAUAUCCUUUGAUCAUUUAUCAGUUGGGGAGGAGUUCUUAUUUUCAUAAAUUGGAUCAGGUCCCAUACAUCAGAGAAUCUUGAUGUCAAAAUUCCCCUAGUUUCCUUCUAAUUUAAGCUACAUUGGUUUUGUUUCUGCAAAAAAACCUUUUAAUUUAAUGCAACCAGCGUUUAUCUACUUUACCUCCUUUAUCCCUGCUAUCUUCUUUUGUGGUGAAUAUUGACAGUUCUGACAAUUCAUUUUUUCCCCACCAUUCCCUAAUUUUCUUCAGUUAUUUUCAUUUAUUCCUUCUGUCUUGGAGUCAAUACUGUGUAUUGGCUCCAAGGCAGAAGAGUGGUCAGGGCUAGGCCAUGGGAGUUAAGUGACUUGCCCAGGGUCACACAGCUGGGAAGUGUCUGAGGCCAGAUUUGAACCCAGGACCUCCCGUCUGUAGGCCUGACUCUCCAUCCAUUGAGCCACCCAGCUGUCCUCUUCAUUUAUUUGUAUGUGUUGUGUACUAAUUUAUUUCACUAACCAAUCACUUGAUUCCUUAUCCAGUACGGCACUAUUUGAAAAUUGCUAUUUUGUAGAAUCGUUGGAAAUCCAGUAUUGCCAGAUCACUUUGCUUAAGGUUUGUGUGUUUGCUUUUACAUAGUCUCUUGUUCUUGACAUUUGGUCUUCCAGAUGAAUUCUAGCUGUCUAAAGUCGCCCUUUGGCAGCUUGAGAAGCCGUUCAGUGCCUCCUCAUUCGCAGUAAAGCAAUCGAGGCAGCGGGUCGUUUUGCUUAGCUCGGCCCAGCGUGACCUCGACCCCUUUUUGGAUACUUUUGGUAACUGUGUCCCCUUGUGUGGGGCAAAGAGCCGCUCAAUUUCCUCCUAUGCCGUCCUGUCGGGGUGCUUUUCUCGUACAGAAGUGCUGCUGACACGGAGAUUUUCUCGGGUUCUCCACGAACGUCAGGCAUCCACGGGGCCGCCCUGUUCUGCGCGGGUCCAGCCUAGAGAGAAGCUGGGCUCAGCCCAGCCCGAUUUCUGCCGUCGCCCCAAUUUGAGGGCCUCCUGAGAAUCGUGGACACGCUAAGAGGCUCCUGCAAGUCGUGGCUGAGCCGCCCAGUUCUGAAUUUAGCCUGGCUCAGACGACCGAUUCGUUUCUCGAGGUGUCCUCGGAGAAAAAGAGCUUUUUGCCGGGUACGCAAACUGGCUUCUCGCAGCCUCGGGACACUCACUACCGGCUCUAGCGAAGUUCCAGUCACGGCGGUCACCAGAAUUUCCGACAACCUCGGCAGGUCCGGCUGAAGCAGUGCAAUCUGGGAAACAUUCUUCCGCGGCCAAAUCUCAGGCUGGGGAAGGUAACCCUACACCGAGCCUUCAGAACGAGUGUGCAGCGAGAGGAAGUGACGUCACAACGGCGGCCGGCCUUUCCUGGGGGGAGGCUGAAUAACCCGGAACAGACCCGGGGGACCGAGGCGCCGGAGCGUCCUUGGGGCGGUUGGGGCCAGAGGGGCGGGGCCUGGGCUUGUAAACAGACAGCAUGGCGGUGGCUGGCGGUCUAGGAGUCCUCCAGGGAUGCCGCGUCCGCUUGCUGGCUGCCUAUUUUGCCCGGUUGGGUCCGGGGCUAGUGACAAGGGGGUCGGGGCAGCGCCUGUGGCGAACAUCUGAGCGUCGCUGCUGGCCUUCUGUGAGUGCGGGGUCAGGCCUCAGCAGGAGUUACGGUUCGGAAGCCAAAGGCGACGAGGAGCUGAGAGUCCGCUACCUGGAGGAGGAGAACAAAGGAAUUGUGGUGCUUGGAAUAAACCGAUCUUAUGCCAAAAAUUCUCUCAGUAAAAAUCUUAUAAAAAUGCUAUCAAAAGCCGUGGAUGCUUUGAAAUCUGAUAAGAAAGUGCGGACUAUUAUAGUCAGGAGUGAAGUCCCUGGGAUAUUCUGUGCUGGCGCUGAUCUGAAGGAAAGAGCCCAGAUGAGUCUGAGCGAAGUGAGCUCCUUCGUCUCCAAAGCCAGGACCCUGAUGAAUGAAAUGGCGAACCUUCCGGUGCCGACGAUUGCAGCAAUAGACGGAACCGCGUUAGGUGGCGGCCUCGAAUUGGCUUUGGCGUGUGACAUAAUAGUAGCAGCCUCUUCUGCUAAAAUGGGCUUGGUUGAGACAAAAUUGGCCAUCAUUCCUGGUGCAGGAGGAACACAAAGAUUACCUCGUGCCAUUGGCAUGGCUCUAGCAAAGGAAAUGAUCUUCUCUGCUCGUGUAUUAAAUGGCCAGGAAGCGAAGUCAAUAGGCUUGAUCAGCCAUGUUUUAGAACAAAAUGAAGCAGGAGAUGCUGCCUACAGAAAGGCAUUAGCCUUAGCAAGAGAAUUUUUACCUCAGGGGCCCGUAGCCAUGCGAGUGGCAAAACUAGCCAUCAAUCAAGGCAUGGAGGUGGAUUUAGUCACAGGUUUAGCAAUCGAAGAAGCCUGUUAUGCUCAGACUAUCCCAACCAAAGACAGACUUGAAGGUCUUCGGGCUUUUAAAGAGAAGCGGCCCCCUCGGUACAAAGGCGAGUAGCCGGUUCCGAAGCCUCCUCCUCCCAGGGGAUCCCCGCCUCUCAGAGUGCGUUCUGGUGCCCGGCGCCUCCAGGCAAUUGGACUUCCGCGCACCGAAGUGCAAGCAAGCUCUUCCUACCACGCAUCAAGCCUCUGAAAUGUGCUCCACCGUCGCCGCGGCGCCGUCCCGUCCAUCCUAGUUUAGGGAGCUGCUCCAUGUGCUGGCGCCGACCCAGGCUUUUUCAGUUCCAUGUGUUAGACUUUCAAAUGUGAACACUUCCUCUAGACCCAGCCCAGAGGUAACAUUCAGUCUAUGUGUUGCAGUGCUUCGAAGAGGAAAAAAAGCUAGUUUUGCAAUACCAAAAAGGUGCGGCAUAAAAGUAAGAUUUGAGAGGGCUUUCGAGGAAAUUCAGUCUGCCAGUGUAGACGGAUCACACGUGCAUUUAGCUAGGAAGAAGGAAAUGAAAAGAUAAUCUGCAAGUUGUAAAAUACAAAUAAAGUCAGUGAAACGAA